AUGGCCUCGACUAGCCCGUCGCUCUUUACGCUGCGGCCCUGGCCGAGAGGCGACAAGAAGCCCAAGAAGCUUGGUGAGUUCAUCGCGCGCGUCAAUGCCGAGCGUGGAGGCUUCCGCAAUGUCACCGAGAUGGAGCUGCGCGAGGAAUUGCACGCCGCAGAGGAUGGCCGCAACCAGAGCGCCGCGAGCAGCCCGGAUAGUGAUUCUGACAUGGACGUCGACUCGGACGGCGCAAAGUCCAAGACGACCCUCGAAGCCCGCGAGGAGUUCUUGCGCAACAUCGAGUUUGCCCAUCAAUCUGCCAUGCUGAGCCUGGAUUUUGUCUCGCUUCUGCUCUCCAAAGAGACGCCCAAUCAAGCCAACACCACGCUUUCUCCCGCCUUGCGCGACCUCGUGGGCUUCGGCGUUUUGGGUGCAUCACGACUUCAGGACUCCAACAUCACGCCAGCACGUACCCAGGACGACCUUGCAGUGGCCACGGGCUGGAGGUUGAUUGGUACCAACAAGAUGGUCGACUCUGUUCUCGAGGCUGCGGAGCGAUUGGAGAAGGAGAUCAGCCUGGAGACCAAGUACUGGGCAGAUGUGCUUGCAGUCAGUGACAAUGGAUGGACUGUCACCUCACUGCCUUACGACCCCCACACCUUGGGAGUCCGCUACGGCUUCGCAGAGUCGGCACCCGAGUACAGAAACAGCAGCAUUGCUCCUCUGCGAAGGAAUGACGACGGGACUGUCAGACUAGAGCGUGGUGUUUCCGGUGGAUCAUCCAAGAGAGUUCGGGCUGUUGUCAUCAAGAAUGGCCAGGUGACGGGCAAAUCGCGGUUGCCCGGCCAGGUCGAUGAGAAAGCUCCCCUCCAAGAUCGCGUCUUGGAGGCGCGCAACACCAUAUUCUCUCAGGAGCUGUGGUACGAGAUCAACAAAGAAGCACGAACCCUUCUCUCCCUCAAGGUUCAAUCUAUCGACGACCAAAUAAUCUACGAGGCAGACCCGGAGACAAAAGUCAUCCUCACACUGGAAGACCUGGAUGCACCCGAUGCCGGCGGCGAUCUUCCAGACAAUCAAUUCGCAAACACCGUCGUCCUUGGCCUCCACUUCCUUCUGUUGUUCAGCCAUCGCUUGAGCUACUUCAAGCGCACUCAGUCAACACAAACAACCACUGGCCGCGAAGCACCACCUCUCAGCAUCCUACGCCCCCUCAUCUCCCGGCUGACAUACGACAAUGCAUGCACCAAACUCACCUACUUUUUGACAAAGCUCAAGACGAUUCUUCAAAAUGCCGGGUUUUCAACCGCAGACUUUACCCAGACUAUGAUUCCUCCCGGCCCACAACUCCCACCACAACAAAUUGCCCAAUUAGCUCUGCAGCAGAUCUGGCGAGCGUCACCCUCCGAGGCACUGAUCAUCAACCUCGCCCAAUUACUCGAACUUACCGCGGAACUCACGUUCACCCCACAAGCCCGAAUUGGCCUCCGCGGCAGAAGCUUCGUUACACCAAUGGCCUCGACACAAUUCAUGGUCUUUCUCCCCGGAGCAUCCAACAACAAUCCAGCAGCUCAAGGCCAAAACCCUGCCCCAGCGCAGACAAAGUCAAAUGAGCUCGAGGAAUUGUACCCACCAUAUUCUCAAGACGCAUAUCCAAAUGUCGACGAGGCAAUCUACUACAUUCGCCAAGCGUCCGUUCGUGUCAUUGUCGACUGGGUCGCCAGCCUCGCUGCAGAGAAACUGGGCCGUGACGACCUGGACUGGUCCGAGACUACAUCCGGUGCCGUGAUUAGGGCUCUUGGCAAGAAUGAAGUCAGACUCGAUAUUACAGAUUCCCCAGAUCUGGCCUUGAGGUUGCAAAUGCGGUGGGUUGAGAACAGGGACGUGAAGCAGCGCAAUGUUACUUGGGCAGCUGGACAAGAGAGCAAGGAGACACUAGAGCAAUUGGUGGUGGACUUUUUUAGGCAAUAG